CCGAUCAGCUGCAACUACACACACACACGUACAUGCAGAAGGAAAGAGAGAGAGAUUGAGAGCGCCACACAACGAGGGAACCCUAUCAGCUGGAAGUAGAGUAACGUUUAGAUCACCGACUGCUCUGCUACUACAUAAGGAAUUUUCCGAAUUAUGAAAUUAUUCUAGAUUUAUGAGCAAGGGAACCUGAAACUGGAACAUAUUUUGUGCGUUAAUUCAUUUGAACCGGGGGACACACAACUGGAGAGGAAAGCAUGGAGUAUUUCAUGGUACCAGCACAGAAGGUGCCCUCCUUGCAACAUUUUAGGAAAACGGAGAAGGAAGUGAUUGGGGGUCUUUGUAGCCUGGCGAACAUUCCUCUGACCCCCGAGACGGCGCGCGACCAGGAGCGGCGGAUCCGCCGGGAGAUCGCCAACAGCAACGAGCGGCGGCGCAUGCAGAGCAUCAACUCCGGCUUCCAAUCGCUCAAGACGCUCAUCCCCCACAGUGAUGGAGAGAAACUCAGCAAGGUGGGUCCGAGGGAGGAAAGGAAGGGAGAGAAACUCAGCAAGGCGGCCAUCUUGCAGCAGACAGCAGAGUACAUCUUCGCUCUGGAGCAGGAGAAGACACGGCUACUGCAACAGAACAGCCAGCUCAAACGCUUCAUUCAGGAGUUCAGCGGCUCCUCCCCAAAGAGGAGGCGCGGGGCGGAGGAGAAGGAUGAAGGGAUCGGUUCCCCAGACAUUUUGGAGGAGGAGAAGACGGAUGACCUGCGGAGGGAGAUGGUGGAGCUGAGACAGCAGCUGGACAAGGAGCGCUCUGUCCGCAUGAUGCUGGAGGAGCAUUUGAGACAGGAGGAGGUCUGCUGUGUUGUGGUUGGUGGUACUCAGCCUGAACAUGUGUUAGGAACUCACUCCGAGCAGCAGGAGAGAGCCAGCACCCCAGCCCACAGCCCACAGGUGCUGGCCCCCAGGUCGUCCCCCGCCCCCACCCACCACCCCACGGUCAUCGUCCCAGCCCCGCCUCCCCAUCACGUCACUGUGGUAACCAUGGGCCCGGCCUCUGUCAUCAACACAGCCUCCACGUCUCGCCAGAACCUGGACACCAUUGUGCAGGCCAUCCAGCACAUUGAGAGCAUCCAGGAGAGGGUGGGGGAGGAGGAACAGCGCCGGGCGGUGAUCGUCACCCAGGGGCGCGCCCUCACAGACACAGCGGGGUCCGACACGGCGUCCGACAGCGAGUGGCCAGAGGACUGCUCACUGCCCUGAGACCUCCCAUGACACACAGGGGCCACGGGAGGGGGCCCUGUACAACACCCACAAUACUCUGAUUAUAUGGACAUUUAUUAGAUAGACGGAUCAGACUCACACACACACUGAACUAGGAUAGUCUACUGUAACUGGAUAAUUACACAUACACACUUCUUUCUGUCUCCCUUUUCUGCUUUCUUGCUUUUUCUCAAACCGGACAAAAAACAUCAGUAGAAAGGUGAUGGGUUGACCUGACAGUUCCACAUAGCUCAAGCGGCCAGCAGCCUUCCAAUCGGUCACAAAACACCCAUCCAACCCACUCCCUCUCUGGGUCUUGCUCCUCCAGAGGGCUGCCUGAGGAUGGAAGUGUCACACCCAGGUCCAGCCCGGUCCCUCUCUGGGUCUUGCUCCUCCAGAGGGCUGCCUGAGGAUGGAAGUGUCACACCCAGGUCCAGCCCGGUCCCUCUCUGGGUCUUGCUCCUCCAGAGGGCUGCCUGAGGAUGGAAGUGUCACACCCAGGUCCAGCCUGGUCCCUUGGCUCAGUUGUCCAAUUGGAGACUCUUUCUCACCUUCUCCAAAACCAAAUAAGCAACUUCUCCCCAGCGAGCAGGAGAGCGCGCCUGGACAGGACAGGUGUAACCCAACCAGCAGCACAGCCGUCCCAGGUGACCCCAUACUAGAGAUCAUUUCUACAAGAAAUCUUCUACUUCCUGUAUCUCUUCACCAUAUUUGUACCCAGGGGAAUCUCCCCUGAGCGAUGAGACACUGUGAGCAUUCAAAGACACAUCAGUUCCAACACACCUUUUGGCUCCUUAGUAAGAGAAAAUGUUGUCGUUUUUCUGUUGUACUUUACAAAGAAUUUGUAAGAGUUUGCGUUACAGGUUUUCUUUUUGAUCUUGUGUUCUGCUCAGUGGCUCUGGUCGAGAAAUCACAGGGAUUGAAAUGAAACGUGACAACACAGAAAAGGCCCAUAUUGACGCAGUUAGAGGUCUGUUCAUUUCAGUGGUGCUGUUAGGAGACAAAGCUAAGCUUACUAUGGAAAGAGGAGGAGUGCACUUCUGGUUCCCUCUUUCUCUUUUUGUGCCAUCACACUUUUUACUGGGCUGGGUUCCCAGUAGACAUUUAUAUAGGCGACACUCCCCUAAUUAGUAGUACAGAUGAAAACCUGUAACACCGAUUCACCCUUUCGUCUGUUGCUUCUGACAUUUUGGCAUCUAGCUUGUUGAAUAAGCUAAUCGAUGGGUACGUCUUGAGUUUUAAAACCCUUUGUGUGUUUUUGCUGUUGUACACAGGGUAGGCUGGUGUAUCUAGCUCCACGCUGUAAUUAGGUGGGUUGUGUCCGGGUUUAGGAAAGCCCUGUAUUUGGGACAGGCCUCUGUUUGAUAUCGUAGGAGAACACACACACCCCCCUGUGCAAUUAAUGGUCCCAGAUCUGAUAAAGCUCCUCCCAUCAUUUGUCCUUGAAUUUUGGAAACGUCUCUGAUGUUUGUGAGUUUAGAUCCUUAACUGCCAAUGAUAUUGGUUGACUGUGCAUUUGACUCUAUGUUUCCACUAAUAGGAACACGCGUCCUGGGGGGGGCAGGUAUCUCUGGUAUCACCAUACUACUCGGUAUCGUGAUACUUGGCAUGGUAUCACGUCAUUAGUAAAAUGUUGAUAUUGUGACAACCGCACUCUGAAAAUAGGCACAUUUUCUUGCGGUUUCCACAGAUUUCUAGCGUGUCGCCGUGCAAAACAAAAUGUUUCGGCUCCUUUGUGCCCCGACCAGUUAGCAUCCCUGGCUAUUGUCGGUUUUUAUUAUUGUGCUUUUCAGCGUGUUUCAUUCUCUCUGUGAAGUCUGUCUAUGAUGGUUUUGUUGUGCCCCAGAUAUGACAGUGGUUUUACAGGGAUCACAGACACUUUUUCAAAAGCAUGAGUUUUCCCAGGCUGACCUGAUUGAAACCUUGUUGUUUUGGGGGUUCUCCUAUCCCGUGGAGUGAGGGGGGAAUGCAGACACACAUGUACAGUCACACACAUACACACACACACAGCCCUGCCUCCUCCCUCCCUAGACCUAGUUUAUGUGUCAGAUCCUUACAAUACUUACAGAAAUGAUUUAGAAUAAGCCCAUCUGGGUUGCACCCAAGAUAACACGCUGCCUGGGGUGUGUGGCGAGAGAGAGAGAGGGGCAGUGGUUUGCCAUAACACAGCUUCUAAUGUGCAGGGUAGGCACUGUGAGGCCAGCCUUAACUCAACCCUGGAGUCAGAGCGAGAAAGAGGUAGAGGCUGGCCACACCUAUAUAGAGAAAGCCUUAACUCAACCCUGGAGUCAGAGCGAGAAAGAGGUAGAGGCUGGCCACACCUAUAUAGAGAAAGCCUUAACUCAACCCUGGAGUCAGAGCGAGAAAGAGGUAGAGGCUGGCCACACCUAUAUAGAGAAAGCCUUAACUCAACCCUGGAGUCAGAGCGAGAAAGAGGUAGAGGCUGGCCACACCUAUAUAGAGAAAGCCUUAACUCAACCCUGGAGUCAGAGCGAGAAAGAGGUAGAGGCUGGCCACACCUAUAUAGAGAAAGCCUUAACUCAACCCUGGAGUCAGAGCGAGAAAGAGGUAGAGGCUGGCCACACCUAUAUAGAGAAAGCCUUAACUCAACCCUGGAGUCA